UCCAAUCUUUAAUUCAACAAAUGUCUUCUCGAAACAGCAGAUCUCAACUCACGAAAACAAUCCUUAUUCUCAUUCUUUUUCUUGUGCUUCUGAGUUGUUGCAAUGGAGCCAGAACCACGAAUGUGUUCAACACGGGUUCGCCACCUAAACAAAACGACGUAGCUCAUCAUCAUCAUCGUCAAGUACAAGAUCAUAAAAGUGUACAGUUCUUGGGGUUCUUGCCACGUCAGUUUCCGGUUCCAGCCUCUGGUCCUUCUAGAAAACAUAACGAUAUCGGUUUGACUAGUACUACUAUGACCCGUUCUGCUCCUUGAAGCUCAACGAUUUAAUUAUUGAGUCUCCUUUUUUAUUUAUGUAAGUUUUUUAUGUGGUUUAAUGUUGCCCUUUCUUGAUUUUGGUUUAAACUGAUGUAAAUGGGAUUUUAGUUUUAAUUUUUUUUUU